CGAAGCAGAAUUCGCUUGGAUUGAAUGGCACUCUGGACCAACUCUAGACCAGAGAGACAAAGUUCAUUCCGGGGAGAGAGAGGGUGCUUUGCACCAUGUGCUACAACAAGUGUAUUCGGAGCUAGGCAUACAGAUAAGAAGCGGUGAAAAGCGUUUCAUCUCGCAUUUACCGCCACUCUGAAGUUUGGAGUACUGAGUGAUGAAAACAACGAUAUUUGGACGUUGCCGCGCCAGGACUGCCCUUUUCGAAACAGCAGCAAUGAAACAAACAAAAGCGGUGAGGAACAAAGAAUGUUUGAAAUUCAGCUCGUGGACACUUAAUGCACAAUUCCUUCAGUUUUGUUUAUCUCAUGUAUAUGUUGUGUUUCUUUGGUUGGAUAUCAUGCCUUCUCUUUCUCUCACCUGCUUGGAUUAAUUGAUGACCAGACCACACCUACUAGGUUGGAUUUUUGGACGCCAUGGUCUAGUCAUAAUAAAAUAUUUGCAUUGUUUGUUAUCCAGAAUUUUGGGAACACCAAUAUUGCAGCGUUUAACAUGGUAACCUUUAUUUUUUUGUAACAGUAGACUCGGCUCUUUUUAGAUUUCGUUUUGUAUUCUUCAUCAGUUUAAUAAUCUCUGCAUGCGUUUGUGAUUUUGGAUCCAAUAAGAAUGACAGGCCGCGGUGGAUGUAAAAUUGUGUCAAAGAUACCGGCGCUCCUGAGGUUUACAUUUUGGAGAUAACGGAACCAUUUCUAACACAGCCUAUGCAUGGAAAACAUUGCUCAUCGUAUGUCAAAAUGAUGCGCACCGGCCCCGGCCUUGUCUAUGAGUGGCUACAGAAUCUUAAACUGCCUCAAUACUUGGAGGGAUUUGUGGACAAUGGAUACGAUGAUCUCGAAGUUUGUAAACAAAUUGGUGACCCCGAUCUGGACGCCAUAGGGGUCCACGUCCAGCACCACCGACAAAAAUUGCUCGACGCAGUGAAGAGGUUGAGAGAGCAGGAGAAGGAAAAAGUUCUGGGUCUUUACUUCACCCUCGAGCCCCUGUACCCCUCUUCCUGUAGACCCUCGUUGGGCACCAACAUAAUGCACAUCACAGAGUGCGAGCAUGACCUCCAGGGGUCAAGGUCAUGGACAGAACCCAACCAGGAGGAAGUUGGAAUUGGGGCUCACCAAAGAUUUCACCAAGAGUCAUGUCCUAAAAACAACAAUUUGAGUUUCACUGAUUGUAAAGAGUUGGUGACUUACCCCAAACUGAAACUGAAGCUCUUGAUCAGGGAUAAACUUGUGAAAGAUGGAAUCGACCUCAGUGAGCUGCCAUACACCCACAAGGAUGGCUCAUUGGGAACCUUUGAGGACUUGGCUCAGGAGUACUCUGACUAUUACAGCGCCUCUCUCAGUGACGUCCAAGACAGAAUGGAGGAGAUUAGGAAACGUAAGGUCGUACAAGAUGCACAAUCAGAGAUGGAAAAGGUGGACUUAGUCCCGACAUCACUGCAGCUUCGCGCUCAGAUCCAGGAGUCGCUAGGGCUGAGUUGCAGUAACGCAGCGUCCACUCCCGAGACUGAGAGAAGGUUGGCCAUGCAUAAAUCAUCUGAUGAUGGAUCAGGGGGAAAAUGUGAUGAAAAGAGACAGAAAAACAAGUCUUUCUGGCAGAAUUUUCGGAAGUCGCAGAAAGGUGUCAUGCGGCAGAACUCAAAAGGCGGCGAGGACAUAGGCUUUGUGGCCAGUGACAUCACUAUGAGUGAUGAAGAGCGUAUCCAGCUGAUGAUGAUGGUGAAAGAGAAGAUGAUCAGCGUGGAGGAGGCCCUCGCAAGGCUGAAGGAGUUUGAGACCCAGAGCAGACAGACCUGCAGCACUGAUCUUACAGAAUGGUCUGAUGCUCCCAGUUCGACCUUGAAUGAGUCCUCCACCUCCCCCAGCAAUCAGUUGUGUGAGCAGUCAGAUGGUGAACAGGAGCAGUCUGGAACGUUCAGACGGCUCCAUAAGCUGGUCACCUCCAGUCGCAGGGUGCGCAAGAAGCUCAUCAGGAUCGACGAGUCCAAGAACCCUGGGUCUGAGGAAUCUCUGAGCAUGGACGGGCCUAUCCUGGGUGAUGCCAUGUCCUCUCUGCCCCUGUACUCUGGGGUUCAGAAGAAGCAGCCUGGGUCUGGGGGGUGUCACCACGUUGACUCCCUGGCCUCCUCCCUGCACAACCAGCUGACCUAUGACCUUCAAGACUCCGACAACCUGACCACCUCCCCCUCCUCCUGGACACCUGCAGCAGUGCCACACACACCCACAGUCUGGAUACAGUCUCCAGCACCAGCCAGCGGCUGUUCAGAGCCUUCAGUAAGACAGGAGGAUCCAGCCCCAGGAGCUCCAGCCCGGCCUGUAGCCCAGCCUGUAGCCCAGGGAGCAACCCGGACACUGGCCCCAGCGGGGAGGGGAGAGCGACGGGGGCCGGCGGUACUGGUUCCUCCAUGUCAGAGAUAGGUUGGUGGUAGAGGGGAUGGACCUAGGAUGGCCCGGUCGGUCACGGAUGGUGAGAUCAGGAGAGUACUCAGCCCACUCAGCUACCAUGGCAGAACCUGUAGCUUUGGCGGAUUUGAUCUGACCAACCGGUCCCUGCAUAUGGUCAACAGUGACCCUGACCUCACUAUUAAAGAUGGGGAUGCCAGUGUGAAAGAUGUAGUCAAGUCUCCACCGACAAACCCUCAAAUCUCUUUGGGCAAGAAAGUGAAGUCGGUAAAAGAGACCAUGAGAAAGCACAUCUCCAAGAGAUACCACUGCUCUCUCCCCGAGCAGUCAAGCCCAGACGGUAUUUCCAGAGGGCCCCAGUCCCCCCACAGCCUCACAGACACAGACUCCCUGGAGAAACCCAAGCUGAAGGCUGGAGGGUCAGUGGAGAGCCUGAGGAGCUCCCUCAGCGGACAGAGCUCCAUAAGUGGUCAUACGGUGGGCACCACCGACUCCUCCAACAGCAACAGAGGGAGUGUGAAGUCUGAGGAUGGAGAGGAGGAUGAGCCUCCCUACAGAGGACCCUUCUGUGGUCGAGCCAUGGUGCACACGGACUCCACCCCCAGCCCCUACGACACUGACUCUCUCAAACUGAAGAGAGGUGAUGUCAUUGACAUCAUCAGCAAGCCUCCAAUGGGGACGUGGAUGGGCCUGCUGAACAAUAAGGUGGGGACGUUUAAGUUCAUCUACGUGGACGUUCUGGCUGAAGACGAAGACAAACCUAAACACCCCCGACGUAGGAGGAAGGGAGGGCAGCCCAAACCCACCUCUGUAGAGGAACUCCUGGAGCGCAUCAACCUCAAAGAGCACCUGCCUACCUUCCUGUUUAACGGCUAUGAGGACCUGGACACCUUGAAGCUUCUAGAAGAGGAGGAUCUAGAUGAGCUCAACAUCAGAGACCCUCAACACAGAGCUGUGCUGCUCACCGCUGUGGAGCUAAUUCAGGAGUAUGACGGUAGCAGCAACCAGGACCGUAGCGGCCAGUCAGGGGGUUCUCAGGAGAAGCUGUUACUGGACCGUAGCGGCCUACUGGGGGACUCCCCACGAGACUCUGGCUGUUAUGAGAGCAAUGAGAACCUGGAGAAUGGAGGGAGGGGCAAAAAGACAUCUUCCAUGAGCAGGUCCUCGUCAGGUUUUGAGUCCAGUCACCUCCCUUCACCAGAGAACCCCAGCCUCCCCUUCAACCUCCCCCUGACUCACCCCAGCAAAACUACCCUACAGACCAGAUCAGAGAAGCAGGCCUCUACCUUACCAUCUCUAAUAAUUCCCAUGACCAGCUACAACCUGAGACCAGAGCAGGGCCAGAGCCAUCACAGAGACACCUAUAUAGCCACACUGCUGCUGAGGAGCUGGAGCUGUGAGGAGCUGUGGCUGGGAGGUAGGCCUAGUCCCACAGCCCUGGGGCUGCUGCGGCCUUGCCUCUCCCUGGGGAGCUUCACUCAGAACUGAGCCUCCACACCACUGAACACACUCUGGAAGACCUAGAGCCAGCUCAUACCACCAUGUUCAAGGAGAACCUACACAAGAGGCUCUACCGCACCUACUAAGACACUCAGAAGGACCCUACCCGCCCUCACAACCACUGCUCAACACACCUUGUAGUGUUCUGUCCUGUAUGUUAGUUGAACAUGGAAAUUCCCAGGUUAAGACCUUCCACGCACAUACCUCAAUAUCCCCUCCAUCACGAGGAUGUAGCCUUCCCUGGCAAACCCAAACCCAUGUGUACCAUCACUCUCCAGCAAUGACAAGUGACUAGGAUAGUGCCUCUGAACACUUGUCUUUAGGCAGCACCUCUUUAGAGGAUGUAUAUAGUUAUUACACAAGCAGCAACCCAACCCAGCCCUGCACCUCAGACUGACCGUGCAGACACUCGUUCCUAGUCUGAAGCCGACAGGACUCCGUCUGCUGUGGGAAGGAAAACAACACCUGUCAGGUCGGGAUCCAUCCUGAAGGAAAGACUGGAGAUAUCUGACAACAGAGCCCUUCUCUGACAAGAUAAAUGGGCUCUCACCACAUAUACAGUACUAUGGUAGUAUUAUGCUCAUGUAGGACUCAGAAGUACCAGAUGUGUCGAAGACCACAGGCCCCAGCUGGAGGUUCACAGAUAAAAAUAUAUCUUACUGCAGCUUACUGGGUUUCCUAUCAUAUUUCACCUUUAACCCUGUUUGAUUCUAAACUAGUAUGAACAUUGCCAAGCUGUACGUUAUGUUAAUACUGUAUAUGAAAUACUGUGACUGAAGACUACAGAAUUGGUUUUAUUAAGAUAUUGUAUGAAGUUGAGUGUGAUUAAAGCAAUACAAAAAACAA